CUCGUCCUCAUCGUCAACACACCAAUGGCACCUUCACCCGCCCAAGGCAUUUUCGCCAAAGCCGACAAGAAAUUCCGGUCCUCGCCAGGCUGGUUCUCCUCCUCCGCAUCAAAGUACGAAGAAGCGGGCGACUUAUUCCAGCAAGCGGCGAACGCGUUCAAGCUCGACAAGCUCUUUAAGGAAGCGGGGGACGCGCAUGCUAGGGAGGCGGAGUGCAGGGAGUUGCAAGGGGAGAAGGACGAGGCGGCGGCGGCGUGGUGGAAUGCUGGAAAGGCGUAUAAGAAGGGAUUCCCGGAUGACGCUAUCAACGCUCUGAGCAAGACGAUCACCCUCCUUACUCAGGCCGGCAAGUUCCGUCAAGCCGCCGACAGGGAGAAAGAGAUUGCCCAAAUCUACCUUCAGGACUCGCACGACCUUGCCCGCGCUGUGGAGAGUUUUGAGCGAGCGGGUGACUGGUACUCUCAGGAGGAUGCUACUGCAACCGCUAACGGCUGCUUCAAGGAAGCCGCCGACCUGCACGCAGAGCUGGAGCACUACCCACAAGCGAUUGGGCGGUACCAGCAGGUCGCGGACCAUUCGCUCACUUCAUCCCUCACGAGGUAUAGCGUCAAAGAGUACUGGCUCCGUGCGCUCUUGUGUGCUUUGGCAAUCCCCGAUGCCAUCUCCGCCAAGCGUGACCUCGACCAGUACAUCAGCAAAGAUAUCACCUUUGGCUCUACGCGAGAAGCGCAGUUUGUGCAGAAGCUGAUCGACGCUGUGGAGAACGACGAUGUGGAUGACUUUACCGCUGCGGUUGCCGAGUUUGAUAGGGUUACGAGGCUGGACAACUGGAAGACGGCGGUGUUGCUCAAGAUUAAGAAGGAGAUGAUGAAGGAGCCUCAGCUUACUUAGUCGUCUGCAGACGGUUUGCCCGUUGUGGGACUGUAGUUGUACGAAAUUCGGAUAGAGGAUAUUUACUCUCUG